GGAGCCAAGGGUUAAGGGAGGAGCCAUGUGUUAGGGGAGGAGAGGACGUCAUAUUGAGGAAACGAAACCAAAGAGCUGUUCUCCCGUUCAGGAGAAAAUAAAUCGCAUUUUGGGACAAAAAGUCUGACAGUAAGAACAAGAAUGGCCUGUGCUAACACUUCCUGGUCUGAAGAGAACUUUUCAUGUUCCAUCUGUCUGGAUGUGUUCAACAGUCCAGUUUCCACCGCAUGUGGACACAACUUCUGCAGAACCUGUAUUACAAAGUUCUGGGAUGAACAAGUCCAGUACAAAUGUCCUGUUUGCAACAAGCUUUUCAACACAAGACCUGAUCUUCAGGUCAAUACCUUCUUAUCAGAGCUGGCUGCUCAGUUUAGAACAACCGUACGAGUAAAAGAGCAGCCUUGUGUUGAACCAGCAGAAGUUCCCUGUGACGUCUGUACUGGGACCCAGCAGAAGGCUGUGAAGUCCUGCCUGAUGUGUUUUACCUCUUACUGCCAAACCCACCUGGAGCCACAUCAGAGAGUCGCUGGCCUGAAGAAACAUCGGCUGGUCGAGCCUAUGGACCGUCUGGAAGACUUGAUGUGUAAGAAACACGAACGACUUCUGGAGCUCUUCUGCCAGACUGAACAGGUGUGUGUGUGUCUGUUGUGCACAGUGACAGACCACAAGUCCCAUCCUGUUGUACCUCUAAAGGAGGAAUAUGAAGUGAAGACGGCCCAGCUGGGGAAGAUAGAGGCUGAAGUUCCGCAGAUGAUCCAGGAGAGAAAACAAAAGAUUAAGGAGAUCAAAGACACAGUGGAACUGAGCAACAAAGACGCAGACAGAGAGAUAGCCCAUGGUGGGCAGGUCUUCACUGCUCUGAUAGGCUGUGUUGAAAAGGCCCGGGAUGACUUCAACCAAACGGUUAAAGAGAAACUGAAAUCCACAGUGAAACGAGCUGAAGACCUCAUCAAAGAGCUGGAGCAGGAAAUAGAAGAUCUGACCAAUAGAAGCUCAGAGGUGAAGCGGCUCUCACACACUGAAGACCACCUCCACUUCCUCCAGACCUUCAGAUCCCUGAAGGAUCCUCCACCCACCAGGGACUGGACCACGGUGGAGGUCCGUCCUCCGUCAUACGUAGGGACCUUGAGGAGAUCCCUGGAUCAGCUGGAGGAGACACUGAACAUGGAGAUGAAGAAGCUGCGUGAUGAUGCUGAACUGAAGAGGGUCCAGAAGUAUGAAGUAGAUGUGACUCUGGAUCCUGAUACAGCUCAUCCCAGGCUCGUCCUGUCUGAGGAUGAGAAACAAGUAUAUGAUGGAAUUGUGAGGAAGAAACUCCCAGACAACCCUAAGAGAUUUACAGAGGAUUCAUGUGUUCUCGCGAGGCAGAGCUUCUCCUCCGGGAGAUUUUACUUUGAGGUCCAGGUUAAAGACAAGACUGCAUGGUCGUUAGGAGUGGCCAGAGAGUCCAUCGACAGAAAACGUGAGAUAGUGGGGUCCCCUGAGACGGGUUACUGGACUCUUUGGUACAUCAAUGAUGGGUUGUUAUUUAAUGAUUGCCCUGGUGCCCGUCUCCCUCCGAGAGCUGAGCUCCAGAAGGUGGGGGUGUUUGUUGAUUAUGAUGAGGGUCUGGUCUCCUUCUAUGAUGUGGAAGCCAGGGUUCAUAUCUACUCUGCUACUGGCUUCACCUUCACUGAGCCUCUCUAUCCAAUCCUCUGUGAUGGUGAUAUGAACUAUGCCCCCCUGAUCAUCUCACCUGUCAAUCAAACAGACGACCCGCCUGACGACCUGCAGCACAGGUCAGACAGAUGGAGGGUUAGAUAUGAAGGGCUGAACGGAGGGAUGGACGGGUUAAUAGACUCACUAACGGUCUGUGUGGUCUCGGCCGACUUUGACGCUCUGUACGAGGAGCUGCAGCAGCUGGGACAGGGAGGCUUCGGGAGUGUCUUUGCUGGCUGCCGGAAAGAGGACCGUCUGCCUGUCGCUAUAAAGCACAUCCCCAUGGCCAAGGUCACAAUGACACAGGAGACGGUUGAAGGGCGGCUGACGGACUUCCCGCUGGAGGUGUCUUUGAUGCUGAGGGCCGCUGAAGACCGCCCGGACCCGGGGGGCCCCGGUGCCGUGGUCCUCCUGCUGGACUGGUUCCAGCUGGACCAGGAGCUGAUCCUGGUCCAGGAGAGACCCAACGCCUGCGUGGAUCUCCUCUCCUACAUGAAGAGCAAGGGGGCCAGGCUGCAGGAGCAGGACGCUAAGAUGGCCUGUGCUAACACUUCCUGGUCUGAAGAGAACUUUUCAUGUUCCGUCUGUCUGGAUGUGUUCAGCAGUCCAGUUACCACUGCAUGUGGACACAACUUCUGCAGAACCUGUAUUACAAAGUUCUGGGAUGAACAAGUCCAGUACAAAUGUCCUGUUUGCAACAAGCUUUUCAACACAAGACCUGAUCUACAGGUCAAUACCUUCUUAUCAGAGCUGGCUGCUCAGAUUAGAACAACCGUACAAGUAAAAGAGCAGCCUUGUGUUGAACCAGCAGAAGUUCCCUGUGACGUCUGUACUGGGACCCAACUGAAGGCUGUGAAGUCCUGCCUAAUGUGUUUUACCUCUUACUGCCAAACCCACCUGGAGCCACAUCAGAGAGUCUCUGGCCUGAAGAAACAUCGGCUGGUCGAGCCUAUGGACCGUCUGGAAGACAGGAUGUGUAAGAAACACGACAGACUUCUGGAGCUCUUCUGCCAGACUGAACAGGUGUGUGUGUGUCAGUUCUGCACAGAGGCAGACCACAAGUCCCAUCCUGUUGUACCUCUAAAGGAGGAAUAUGAAGUGAAGACGGCCCAGCUGGGGAAGACAGUGACUGACGUUCCGCAGAAGAUCCAGGAGAGAAAACAAAAGAUUAAGGAGAUCAAAGACACAGUGGAACUGAGCAACAAAGACGCAGACAGAGAGAUAGCCCAUGGUGGGCAGGUCUUCACUGCUCUGAUAGGCUGUGUUGAAAAGGGCCGGGAUGAAUUCAACCAAACGGUUCAAGAGAAACUGAAAUCCACAGUGAAACGAUCUGAAGACCUCAUCAAAGAGCUGGAGCAGGAAAUAGAAGAUCUGACCAAUAGAAGCUCAGAGGUGAAGCGGCUCUCACACACUGAAGACCACCUCCACUUCCUCCAGACCUUCAGAUCCCUGAAGGAUCCUCCACCCACCAGGGACUGGACCACGGUGGAGGUCCGUCCUCCGUCAUACGUAGAGACCUUGAGGAGAUCCCUGGAUCAGCUGGAGGAGACACUGAGCAUGGAGAUGAAGAAGUGUGAUGCUGAACUGAAGAGGGUCCAGCAGUAUGAAGUAGAUGUGACUCUGGAUCCUGAUACAACUUAUCCCAGUCUCAUCCUGUCUGAGGAUGGGAAACAAGUACAUGAUGGAGGUGAAGAGAAGGAACUCCCAGACAACCCUAAGAGAUUUACAGAGUAUACAUGUGUUCUCACGAGGCAGAGCUUCUCCUCAGGGAGAUUUUACUUUGAGGUCCAGGUAAAAGACAAGACUGCAUGGUGGUUAGGAGUGGCCAGAGAGUCCAUCGACAGAAAAGGUCUGACAGAGGGGACCCCUGAGAUGGGUUACUGGACUCUUUCCUACUACAAUGAUGGGUUGGUAUUUAAUGAUGACCCUGAUGUACGUCUCCCUCUGAGAGCUGAGCUCCAGAAGGUGGGGGUGUUUGUUGAUUAUGAUGAGGGUCUGGUCUCCUUCUAUGAUGUGGAAGCCAGGGUUCAUAUCUACUCUGCUACUGGCUGCACCUUCACUGAGCCUCUCUAUCCAAUCCUCUGUCCACAUUUACAUGAUGAAGGUAGAAACUCUGCCCCCCUGAUCAUCUCACCUGUCAAUCAAACAGACUAGGACCUUUGUUUGAUAAUAAAAUAAUCAAACGACCAAAACAACUAAUGUUGUUUCCUGAAUUAGAAUAGAAUUAGAAUCUCUACUAUGUGAGAUCUGAAAGAUCUGCAUUAAUGUCAUACUGCUGUCGUUUAACGAGGAGAAUAUUUGUAAGAAUUGACCCUGCAGUUGUGUAAUAUAACCCUUUAUAAAGGGUUAUAUUACAUUCCAUUAAUGCGUCUGUUUUCCCUUUAUUUAUUUUAUACGUUUAAAGAUAUACAUUUUUUUGCAGUUAUGUAGAACAUGUUUAGAGGAUUGAUAUGUAAAUAAUAAUUUGAAAAUUGAAUAUAUAUAUCUGAAUAUUGAAUGACAAAACAAUCCAAUGUCUUACACUUGUGAUUUUAAUAAAAAAUAAAAGGUUAAACAUUGUACUGUGUGGCCUACAUUAUCAUGUAAUGGAUCAUUUCAGGGGAAUAGACCGACUGUGUAGCCGCACCCAUUCUGCCGGAGAUGGAGGAGAGCAAUACAUUUCUUUAUGCUUCCGAUACGUUUUUGCGGGAGCCAAUCACCAAGCUGGCUU